AUGGGUUGCACAAUGAGCCAAGAGGAACGGGCUGCUCUCGAACGAUCUCGAAUGAUUGAAAAAAAUUUAAAAGAGGAUGGUUUACAGGCUGCCAAAGAUAUCAAAUUAUUACUUUUAGGUGCUGGUGAAUCUGGUAAAUCAACAAUUGUUAAGCAAAUGAAGAUUAUUCAUGAAUCAGGUUUCACAGCCGAAGAUUAUAAACAGUAUAAACCGGUGGUAUAUAGUAAUACGGUACAAUCAUUAGUAGCAAUACUUCGUGCCAUGGGUAAUUUAUUAGUACCAUUCGGUGAUCGUAGUCGAGAGAUCGAUGCAAAGUUAGUAAUGGAUGUCGUAGCAAGGAUGGAAGAUACCGAACCUUUCAGUGAUGAUUUAUUGUCCGCCAUGAAGCGCCUUUGGGCCGAUAGCGGUGUUCUCGAUUGUUUCGCCCGUUCCAACGAAUAUCAACUUAAUGACUCUGCUAAAUAUUUUUUGGAUGAUUUGGAUCGAUUAGGUCAAGCAAAUUAUCAACCUACCGAGCAAGAUAUUUUACGAACUCGGGUCAAAACCACUGGUAUUGUUGAGGUGCAUUUCACUUUCAAAAACCUCAAUUUCAAAUUAUUUGAUGUUGGUGGACAGCGGUCAGAGCGAAAGAAAUGGAUUCAUUGCUUUGAGGAUGUCACAGCAAUUAUAUUUUGUGUUGCAAUGUCUGAGUAUGAUCAAGUAUUGCAUGAAGAUGAAACGACGAAUCGAAUGCAUGAAUCAUUGAAAUUAUUCGAUUCAAUUUGCAAUAAUAAAUGGUUCACCGACACAUCAAUCAUUUUAUUCUUGAAUAAGAAAGAUUUAUUUGAGGAAAAAAUUAAGAAAUCACCAUUAACAAUAUGUUUUCCGGAAUAUUCGGGUCGACAAGAUUAUCACGAAGCCAGUGCAUAUAUUCAAGCACAGUUUGAAGCGAAAAAUAAAUCGGCCAACAAAGAAAUUUACUGUCACAUGACAUGUGCAACCGAUACUACCAAUAUUCAAUUUGUAUUUGAUGCUGUCACUGAUGUUAUCAUUGCCAAUAAUUUAAGGGGUUGUGGUCUUUAUUAA